AUGCGCAAAAGUGUCAAUUCCUCCAGCAUUAAAGACAUCGUGGUUACCUUUAGACCUGGUGUGCUGCUGCUGUCCGGGGCGCUGGCAGAGCAGGAGGGGGAGAACCUGUCGGGUCUCUCCAACAACCCGGACAAAGCCAUCUUCGCGGUGCGGGAGAACGGCACGACAUGUCUGAUGGUGGAGUUCGCCGUGAAAUUCCUCGUGCCAUAUGACGUGCUCGCACUCAAUGGGAUAGACCUGAUCACCGAGCAGGCGUCGUUCACUCUGCCCCGUGGUGCAGAAAUCGAGGGGAUAUGCGGGAGCACCGAGUCAGAGAUCCACAUAACCUGGAAGAACAACGCCUACACUCUCCGGAUCUACUUCUCUAAGGAGUUCCGUGACAAGGGCGCUGAGGUGUGGAAGAUUAGCAAGGUCCAGUUCGUCUAUGACACCUCGGAGUCAUCGCAUUUCAUCAACGCAUACAACCCUGGGAAGCACACAGCUAGCACCCACCACCUGUCGGCCCUGGUGACCCCCGCUGAGCACUCCUUUGUGUGCGCGGCACAGCAGACCAUCACCCUAAUCUCCAGUGACCACCAGAAGGGUGUCACCGUCUCCAUGUACGACAUCCAGAUCCAGCCCUUUGACAUCGCCUCUGACUUCAUAUUCAGUGAACCCUACAAGUGUAUCACCGACCAGCGGGAGCGCCUGGAAGAGACCCUCCCCAUCGUCCUGGGUCUCAUUUUGGCUCUCAUCAUUGUCAUCACGCUCACCGUCUACCACUUCCACCUAAAGCUGACAGCACCCCAACCUCAGCUCCCCAGAGAUCGCUCCAUGUACAAGAACAUGUAGUCAGCAGCAGCGGCUCCCCCGGCUCUCUCCAAAGCUACCCUGAUAAAAGACUUGUAUCCUCCAUGUCCCAGGCCUAACACCAGAGGAAAGUGGUCGGCCAUAGACUGAUCCCCUGAUAAGAAGAAAUGUGUGUAGCCUGCACUGCAGGCCCACUGGAACUUUCCAGCAGCUAAAACACAGGUGAACGGGACAGCUUGGGGCCUAGCAUGGAUGUAGUUGGAGGGUCAACCCACAAAAAUCAAACACCUGGCUGCUGAAGUGAAUCUUUGUGCCAUAAAUUCAUAGUUUGUAUCACAGUGGUUAGAAUUUUAAUGAAAAUAAAAACAUUAAUUUACGCCUUUAAGAAACUAAAAUAGAUUUUUGUUCAGAUUGGUGUUUGUAUGACAUUUGAAAAUCACCUCUUUCUUUCCUGACAUCACUGAGGCCUACUUCAUCACUUCAGACAUUUUUAUCCAAUUGUCUUCAGAAGAGAUUUUAGAUAUUUGCCUGAGUGUCUGCUGUUUGUCAUCCUCUCCUCUCUGAAACUGCUGCUACUUAAUUAAUUACCUACUGUUGGUUCUGUAUUUGCUAACCUCAACACAAUUUUGUUCAAGAAUCCCUUUUUAUUUCAGUUUUGAAUGCAGCCAUAGUGUUGACAGUGGACAAGUCUUGUAGUGUGUACAGUGCUGUGGCAUUAAGAGUUGCAAUGUUUUUGCUUUGACUUAAAUAUCUUUUCUCCACGCUGAUGUAUGAAACAUA